AUGCUUGAAAAGGCUCUUUCGGCACUCUCUUGUAUCCAUUUCGGCAAGACCAAGUACGAUGAGCCCAUGCUCCGUGUGUUCAUUGCUCACGCGGCCUUAAGGCUUGGCUUUCACACGUGGAAGGGACCAGUAAAAUGGUUCGAUCGUGUUAUCAACGUCUCUCCGGAAGUCCAAUUGAACAGGCCAUAUAUAAUCAUCAAAAACUUGCUCUUGUACGUCACCAAUGGAUUUGAUUAUUCUCACCAACGUAUGUACAGCGCUGCCACGGUAUCAGAAGAAUUCACAUCUCACUACUCCCGACUAUUGAGUACCCCAGUCGUUGGGCCAGUUGACGAGCUUUUUGAACUUUACGCUGGGAUUUCAUCACUGUUCAAUAAAGUCGAGCGCACACCAAUUUUGAAUAAUGAAACUGCCGAAGAAAUGAUGUCUGCUUGUCUUGUACAAAGAGAUAAAGUAGUCAAAUGGUAUCUCGACCGAGGAGAAAUACUUGGAGAAUUCCCACAUUGCUGCUCUCCUGAGAGCUUACCAUGCGACGGGUUACCAAAGUCGGAUAAAAUCUUUGGUCUCCCGUACAUGUUCUCAGAUCUCGACACUAUGUGUAAUUAUGUUCUCUACUGGACUGCAUGUCUGCUAAUUGAACUCUUGAUCUACGGAGUAUCAACCUCUAUUAUGGCUCUUGGUCGUGGUCGACGGCAAAGUAAUUUUGCAAUGCGACACAUCGAAUACUGUCUGAUCGCCGAGCAGUAUGCUGAUAAUUUUGUGCGGUCAUUACCGUUCUGUCUACAAACUGGAAUGAACGCCUGGGGUGCAAAUGUCAUAAUCGCUUCUAUGAAACAUGUUUAUAAGCCGUACGUGGCUCUACGACGAGAGGAAAAAUUCCAAUGGUGUCAGAAGGCUUUGCAGGUUAUGUCUGAUCGCGGGAUGAGUCUCGCAGAAGUUGUCAGUAACGCAGGACAGGACGUAUGGGAUCACUAUGAACCUCCAAGCCUCAUUAGGAAGACCAAUGUGCACCCACAAGAUAUUGCGGCUCUGCCUAUUGCGCCCAAUGAACUGUCACCUGAUAGUCGAUCAUCCAACGACUCAGCACAGGGUAGUCCACCUCGGCCACCUAUCUCUGUCCUUGGGAACAAGAGGAAAAGUGGUAUAAUAACGUGCCAUGAAACCUCCACGGAUUCCCCCUUUGAAUAG